AUGGCCGAAAGCUCUUUCAAGAAUGAAUAUCCUCAGGGAAUGAACCAAGCAGAAGAGUACAAUGCAGAUCCGACACCAAUGAUUGUUGAAAAUUCUGCAACCAUUGGCAUUCCUGACCUUGGAAAGAAGAAAAAUUCGUCAAGAAAAGGAAGGAAAAAUUUGGGGCCCGUUGAUUGGCCAUGGCCCGUUAUUCGUUUAGAACGUUCUGAUUACAAAUUGGUUUCGAAGACCAAGAUUCCUAGCCAGGUUGUGACUCAUAGCUGGCUUGCGAGGAUUCAACCAGAGGGCGACAAAGUCUGCCGACCUUGUUUAGAUCCACCUUGUUUAGAUCCUGUGUAUUUGAGGGCGACACGCCCAGAUCUUAUACCAGUGAUGUUGGAGAAGGAUGCAAGGAGUUACCUUCCUGUCAUGAACACGAAGAAAUACCUUGUCUGUGGUGACAUGCCCAUUAGAGAAUUUGUUAAUUUUAUUCGGUACAAUAUCAAGGUCAGCAGAAAGAAGCCUAUAUUUGUCUGUUUCAAGAACACUAAACCUCCCACUGGUGCCUUGAUGUCGGCAAUCGAUGAGGAAAAUAAGGAUGAAGAUGGAUUUCUUCACAUUACGUACAGUGGAAAAAGAAUACAGGAGAACAGUGGCAGCGUGUGUUUCACCUUGGAUGAAUGCUCAUACAAGAACACAUAUCCUCAGGGAAUGACGCAAGCAGAAACGAAUCCAACACCAGUAAGAACUUCACAGAAUCAGAUAUGUUUAGUUCCUAGUCGUUCACAUGCCAUAACGUUUGACAGUCCUGACAUUGAAGAAAAACUAAAUUGGUCAAGGCCCAUUUCUCUUUUAGACAAUUGGAGGAGUGUCGCCGAGAAGGCUUUGAGGAACCCUGGAAAGAAGAGGUACAAAGGCCUCCUUACUUCUUUAGAUGGUGAUUAUUUGAGGGAGAUGCGUCCAAAUUAUAUACCAGUGAUUUUGGAGAAAGAUGCAAGGAGUGACAUUCCUGACAUGGUCUGGAAGAAAUUCCUUAUCCCUGAUGAUAUGCCUCUUGGAGAUUUUUUUAAUUAUAUUCGGUAUAGAGUCAAGCGCAGCACACGGUUCGUCGUCGGCGUAAUAAAGCCUAUAUUUAUGUUUUUCAAGAACACUAAACCUCCCAUUGACGCCUUGAUGUCCGCAAUCUAUGAGGAAAACAAGGAUGAAGAUGGAUAUCUUCACAUUACGUACAGUGGAGAGGAGAGUGUAUGUGGAUCCAAUGAAGCGCAAGAAUGCAUGCUAUGUGGUAGAUCUUAA